AUGGAAGUUUAUGUGGAUGACGAAGCGAAACUGACGUUGCACGGUCUUCAGCAACAUUACGUGAAAAUGAAAGAGACUGAAAAGAACAGGAAACUACUUGAACUGCUCGAUCAGCUCGAAUUCAACCAAGUUUGGGCAUGUAAAAUUAAUUUGUAUACAUUACUACGCCCGUGGGAGAGUGGCAUGAAUCAAAUUUUGCCAUUUGGCACCGUGCCAACGGCAUUCCUACAUGUACCCUGUCUCACAUUUUCGUGUGCGAUUGCUUUAGUGUAG